GGCAGCUCCCGUGCGUCCCGUCCCGAAGCUGGGGCUGCAGUUUAAGCUCCGCCUGCCUGUCUGCGCCCCUAGCCUGGGCUCAGUGCGCUGGUUCUAUGGAACAGAACAGAGUGCUGGAGCAGCUCCUUCCUGAGCUUACGGGAUUGCUCAGUCUUCUGGACCAUGAGCCCCUGAGUGAGGCUGCCUUAGAGAAGAAAAUGGCUGUCUCAACCAUUCUGAAAAACCUACAGCCUCUUCCAGGAAAGGAGAUAUCUUACAUGUAUAUGAACACAGCAGACUUGCACUCUGGGCCUAGCUUUGUGGAGUCGCUUUUUGAAGAAUUUGACUGUGCCCUGAGUGACCUUCAGAACAUGCAUGAGGAUGAUGGGGAGGCUGACAGAGACAGCUUGGAGCCAGCAACGAGCCAGUUCCCGAGAAAAUCAUCGGAUCCUCCUCCACCACUUCCCACUAAUCCUCCUCCAGAAGAUGACUAUGAAGAAGCCCUUCCUCUGAGUCCAGGCAAGACACCUGAGUACAUCAGCUCUCACAAUGGUUCGAGCCCACCCAACUCCAUUGAGGAUGGUUACUAUGAGGAUGCAGACAGUAGCUACCCCGUGACCAGAAUUAAUGGGGAGCAGAAGAAUUCUUAUAAUGACUCAGAUGCUAUGAGCAGCUCUUAUGAAUCCUAUGAUGAUGAAGAAGAGGAUGGAAAAGGGCAGCAGUUAACCCACCAGUGGCCCUCAGAGGAAGCCUCCAUGCACCUGGUGAAAGACUGCAGAAUCUGUGCCUUCCUACUACGGAAAAAGCGCUUUGGCCAGUGGGCCAAGCAACUGACUCUUAUCAGAGACAACCAGCUGUUGUGUUACAAAAACUCCAAGGACCACCAGCCCCAUCUGAAGCUGGCCUUGGGCGUCUGUAAUGUCAUUUAUGUGCCCAGGGAUGGACGUCGCAAGAAGCAUGAGCUACGCUUCUCUCUGGGUGGCACAGAGGCCCUGGUUCUGGCUGUACAGAGCAAGGAACAGGCUGAAGAGUGGCUGAAGGUUAUCAAAGAGGUGAGCAAGUCUAGUGGUGGAGCAGAUGGAACAGAGGAGCCCAAGUCCCCAGUUUUACAGUGCAAACUAGACCUAGACAAGAGAUUAUCCCCAGAUAAGCAGACAUCAGACUCUGACAGCAUCAGCACAGGAGAAGGCUGUUUGAGCAAUAGUCGCCGUGAGCCAGGGGACUCUGGGAGAGGCAAGAAGAGCAGCCUGGCAGAGCUGAAGGGCUCUGUCAGCCGCGCCGCUGGCCGGAAGAUCAACCGCAUCAUUAGCUUCUCCAAGAAGAAGUCACAGACCGAAGAUGCACAGAUGUCUCCAGCAGAAGAAGGGGUCCCAUGCUGUGGUUACUUAAACGUCUUGGGGAACCAGUGCUGGAGGGAACGCUGGUGUCGCCUCAAGGGCAACAAAUUAUAUUUCCACAAGGAUCACACAGACCUUCGGACCCAUGUGAAUGCCAUCAGCCUUCAGGGCUGUGAGGUUGUGCCAGGUUUUGGCCCCAAGCACCCAUUUGCUUUCAGGAUUCUCCGUGGCCGGCAGGAGGUCUCUAUUUUGGAGGCAAGCUGUUCUGAAGACAUGGGCCGCUGGUUGGGGCUGCUGUUGGCUGAGACAGGCUCCAGAGUACCUCCCGAGGCCCUGCACUAUGACUAUGUGGAUGUGGAAACGAUAGCCAGUAUUGUUAGUGCUGGGCGACACUCCUUUUUAUUUGCAAGUUCCUGUCAGGGCCGAUGGCCUGAGCCUAGGGUCUAUGAUGAGGUCCCCUAUGAGAAGAUUCAGAACGAUGAGCCCAAGCAUCCAUCUGGGGCCCAAGUGAAGCGACAUGCCUCUUCCUGCAGUGAAAAGUCACUCCGUGUAGACACACAAGUCAAAAUAAAGCGCCAUGCUUCUAGUGCCAAUCAAUACAGGUAUGGGAAGAACCGGGCAGAGGAAGAUGCCCGGAGGUAUCUGGUAGAAAAGGAGAAGCUGGAGAGUGAGAAAGGUUUGAUCCGGAAUGAGCUAAUGACCUUACGAAAAGAGAAGAGGGCGCUAAAGGAGGCCUUGAAGAACAGUGCAGGGACAAGAGUAAAGGACCUAGAAGAGAAACUAGUGAUGCUAGAGGCCCAGUGCCGGGAGAAGGAGGAGAGGAGGAUUGACCUAGAGCUCAAGCUUGUGGCAGUGAAGGAGAGCCUGAAGCAAUCCCUGGCAGGAGGACCAGCUCUUGGUCUUACUGUGACCAGCCAAUCCAAGACUGGAGAAACAGCAAAUAAGCCUCCCAGCCUAGAACCCUCUCCUCCUGUCAACUGUACAUCGGAACUGAGGAAGAGGAGCCCAUCUAUCAAUGUUUCCAGCAAAGGGAAAGUGCUCCAGAAGGCCAAGGAAUGGGAAAUGAAGAAAACCUAAGAGGACCAUGAGAAAUAUAUCUUCUGGGAGAUAGCAGCUUCUCCAGCCCAUUUUUUCAGCCCCUUUUUCCUGAAGAGCCAGAGAAAAGUAACAGUUUGGGAGCACAUGAAGACCACCUUCAUUUUCUGUG